GGCCAGACACGGUAGUGUGUACACCUCUCCUCUGCGCCCCUUGCAUCGCCCUCUCCUGCCUCUCCCUCUGCUGCAGGUGGCUGCUGCCCGCCUCGUCACGCUCCCUACUCACCACCUGACUCCCCUGCACGCUCUCAGAGCCUGACAGGUGGCGUUUACGAGGCUGCUGAAGAAGGCGGCUGGGCAAGCCGCAUCUUUAUGAACCUCGGAGCCGCACCCAGGUUUUUUUCCCUCACACCGCAGGCGGCCGCACCUCACACCGCAACCUCCGCCAGCGGCAGGUCUGGGGCGAGCAAGUCAAAAGGUUUAAUUAGUGUGGUGGUAGGUAGGUUCCAUACCAUGGCUGGACCAACUAGCACCAUGAGAGUAGAUGGUCCAGCCUCGUGCAGUAAGGUCACUGUCAACCAGACACACAGCUUGGCAACAUCAAUACAGUGUGUUGCCAGCACUGCAUCUGCCAGUCUCUGUAACCCUUCACCACAUCUACCAGCAUCUCCUGCCUCUCAUAUAUCUGACCCUGAUGCCUUCCUGUCAACUCUGGUAGACGCAGGAAACCCGUGUCUUCAACCAGCAUCAACUCUGGGGAACUCUGGCACACAGAGGUUGCAGUCACCCCACCUGGAGAGGUUUCCGUCUCCUCGCGUCGUGAGGUUUCCGUUACCUCAGAGUAUAAACCUCCCGUCUCAGCAUAUAAAGAGUACUGCGAGUCUCUUACACAGCAGGAGGGUGGAGAGUGUUCCUCACACGGAGGUCCCUCACACUGGUCCCUCUCACAGUUGGUGUGAAUGCAUGUCCUCGUCCCUCACUAGAGUGACAGGGACUGACACUAAGACCCCUGGUGCCACCAAGACCACCACCACCACCUCCUCUACACCCACUUACUUGUAUGAUAAGCAUCCUGCCGCCCGCCGCCACGCCCACACCUCGGCUGGGUGGAGAUUGAUGACAGUGCUACUGGUUCUGCUCCACUUCCUGACCCCCACCACACCUACCCUCGCCCAAGUUGUCGGUGAGUUCUCCAGCCAGUUUUUCUUUAUUGUGAGUCUCUUCUACUCUCCUCCCCCUCUGCUUUAUCGUUAUUACUCUCCUCUUGCAGCAAUAUUUAUUCCUGUUAAUAUUACUACUUUCCUGGGUAGCAAGAUAAGAGGAUCAUCUCACCAUAAUAAUUUAGUGCUUAAAUUAUUAUAUAAAUAA